AUGAGCGAAUCGUUUUUAUCGCUGUAUUCAGACAGUUCAAAUGUUUCUGCAUCUGGAAAGAGUCAACGCAAAUUGAUAGAAAUUGGGUCUCCUACUCUAGAUUCUCUUAGAGGGCUAUCUGUAGAGCCAUCGUCGCAGACUGAUCCUCUAGAGUCAUUUGAUUUCGACCGUUAUAUUGCUCCGUAUGACUUUUCAGAACAAGUAGCGGAGUAUACAGAACAAUCAAAACAAUCGGUUGCGCAAAGAUGUAUUGGAAAUUUACAAAGGAUUGUCGAAAGUAUGGAAAGUGAGACACCAGUAUUAGUAUCCCUGGGUUUAAGCAUAUCCAAAGAGACAUGGAAUGUGAAGAAUUAUACAAUUGAAGAUGAGUUUCCAGUGGAAAAUGUCCCAUUGAAGGUGAAUGUUAUCAAGACACUGAAUAAUACACUAGAUGACUACCUGCGCAAUACUAACCCCCAACGCGUUGAGGUUGUUGCUCGUACAUUGCAGUAUUUGAAUAAGCUUGUGCAAGCGUCCCUGCAAAAGCCAUUGAACGAACAUGCGCCCAAGAGUUCUGGAUCAACGUUCAAUCCGUCGUCGGGAACUUCUAUGGCUCAAUCCAUAGAACCUCUCAGUCGCAGACAAACCCAGAUCGAUAGAAAAUCUCUUUACGUAUCUAAAAGAAUACCCAGCGGAGGAGCAGGAGGGGGAGAUACGAGCUCCAUCUCUAGUUCCAAAACAACAAGCUCUAAAUCGAAACGUAAUAUUUUCCAGAAAAUGAAGGUCAUGUCCCGCUGGUCAGUUCACCAUUCAACGGUAGAAUACCCUGAAACUUCACAUGUCAGCCACGAAUCUACGGUACAAUCUGUCACAACUUCAGUCCUGUCUGUUUCUACUCCCCAAUCCUUCCGUCCCGAAGAAUCCUCCUUCGAUGCAUCAUCAAUUCGCACGACUACCCACACCGGCUCGAAUAAAACUUCUUUCAAGAAGCAGGACAUCAACGAUACCCCAGAAUAUAUCCUCUGGAUUCAAAAACUAACUACCCAAGUACAAAGGCUCCCGCAAACCGCACAAAACGACAUCAUUUUUUCGUUCAUUAACAAAUGCAUUAUCCCAUUCAUAAUAAACGACGGUCACUUGCUCCAAGUCGGACUUGUGAGCCGGUAUAUAUUCUAA